UUUACAGUGAAGAUGCUAGCUAUGCGUGAAUGUGUUUCUAUGGAGGACAUUAUUUUUCGAAUUUGAUUUGUUUUUAAAUCUUCCCAAAAUUUAGCAGAAUGAUCUUGCAUCUAUCAAAUUUUGAGAAGAACACAAGCCAAUAAAGCAGACUUACCAUGACAAAUGCUACGCUUGAUUGAAAGACAAAGACAUUGUUGAAAUUAAACAACACAAUCCAAAACCAAGAUGGUUGAUUAUGAAAUACCUUUAAUAGCGACUCUCGUCUUUGUAAUCAUCAUGUUUAUUCUCUUCUUCUUCAUCUUCUUCAGAGAGAAGAUCAAAAUCAUAUGUUGUAAGCAUCUCGCAGUAUGUGGUGGUGCUGACCUUGAAGUUCAAGAGCCGGAGAGUCCACAUCACUCAUACACAUACAUAGAAUCAGUGAACAUACCUGUCCAUGACGCAAAAAUAACAGCCAAGCGAAAAAAUUCCGACAAACGGAAAUGCUCCAUACCUGCACCACAGGAGAACAUCAAGAACCGACGGGCUAGACUCGACUACAGCAAAAGGAGUCUCAGCAACCCCAGUAUCUGGCAAAGCACCCGGAACAGAAACAAACAAAGCGACAAGAAACAUUAUUUAUUCAGACGAACGAAAUCAUCCACUUCGUUAAAUAAAAAAAAGCCUUUCCCACUGUCGAAGAACCACAUCUCGCCUCCGAUUCCGGUUUCGAUUCCUAACCAGAAAAACGGGACAGUUUCUCGCCAGGCAUCUAAAGGGGAUCGUGGCGGGGAUGGUGCCACAACACAUCGUGAGCUGCAGUCUAACAUGUAUGAAAACCACACCCCUAAGCCCACCCAGCAGGUGUUGGCCGGUUGCCAGGCGACGUCACGUGAUGAGGCGCUGCCGGGCGAGUACUUCAAAACGGAAGCCGGUGAAGCUACGCCCGAUGACGUAACAGGUGAAUCGCCAGAGAGAGACCCGAACAUUCCAGAAAACUUUUAUUUUGUGCUGUGCUCUGACGGUGUCUACUCACACCUGUCCACGCGCAACCAACGGACCAUCCUACACAACAUGUACAACUGUGUCAGUCUGUCAGACAACGCUGAACGACCCCGCGUCACUUGACAUACCACGUCUUCUAUUGCUUAUACAAAUACACAGAGGAAGGAACUUUUUCUAUGUUGAUUAUGCGGCGAAUAAAUGUUACCUAACUGUCUUAAACAUGUGUAUCAUUUUCAUUUAUAAAGAGAUUAAAUUAAAAAAAAAAGAAUACGAUAAAUGGAAUGUUACCUUACUGUCUUAAAAGUGUGCAUUAUUUUCAUUUAUAAAGAGAUUAAAUAAAAAAAAAGAAUAUGAUAAAAGUAAUGUUACCUUACUGUUUUAAAAAUGUGCAUCAGUUUCAUUUAUAAAGGGAUAAAAAGAAUACGAUUAAGGGAAUUCUUGCAUGUUUAACAAAAUUUUGAAUUUAAGUACAAUAAGAACACAUAUUCUUAUUUUCAAGAUGACUUCAAUU